ACUGUUGUGAUGUUAGUUGGCUAAAAUGUUGAGAAUGGCCGUUUAGCUUCGAAAGCACCGUCAGAAGCGUGUUUUCGUGAAUGUUUCGUAUUUCCCGGUACGGAUGUGUUUACAAGAAAAACUCCAAAUGACUUGACUUACAGAAACGCUUGCUUUUUGUUUCACCCCUAGCAUCGCAUGCUACUGUUUUUAGCCCGGGCCAGCUGGCAUGGCGUGAAUUCCGCAAACCCGAAAGACGAAUGUCAGGAAUGCGCCGAGCUCGCUGACGCGGUAUUUUAAUACCGUCCGCCGGUUUAUUAUUACCCAACGAAAGUUACGCACUUAACCCGAGCUUUCGCUGAAGUCGUUUCCUCCGGGACCUUCCGGGUACCACGGCACUAAAAGCUGCCUCUCAAUCGCUGUUCGCAGGUUCGGGACGAGGCGAAAUGGACGGCGCAUCCCCCCCGGGAGAAAUCUAGCGGUGACACAUCCCGGAACCCAAACCGUGGCUCUCCCUCCCACCUAUGACACAGCCAACAUAUGCCCAGCUAGAUUCGGUAGAAUCGCUGUUGGACAAGCUCCCAUAUAUGUUUUAUCUGGGCCUGUUCUUCGUCAACGUCCUGAUCCUCUACUACGCCUUCCUGAUGGAGUACAUCGUCCUGAAUGUGGGGAUAGUGUUUCUGCCCGAGGACAUGGACCAGGCGCUGGUGGAGCUCGGGGUGCUGUCCGAUCCGGCCUCUGUCCCCUAUGACACGGACACGGAGCUGGAUGUGUUCGAGGGCUACCUGGAGUGACCAGUUUUUUGUUUUUUUUAAAUUUUAAAUGGCGGUGAAGACAGGCCCCAGAAGGACAGAUUGGACCGGCGUCGUGUUCAUGUGGUGACAAACAUCAGUGGGAAAAGUUCUCUCGGCUCAAAACGAGGCACCAGAGGAAGAGAUUCAGCUCCGUGGUCCCACGGGAGGACGAUCAGCUGUCCGUCAGUCUGUUGCCAUCCUAGCGCGCUGACCUCCGUGUCCUUCACUGUGGACAUCAGGGGAAAAAAAGGAUGACGCGAUGGAUGACGCGGGAACCGGCGAUGGACGGCCCGCCAGGAGUGUGACCUUCCGGAAGACGUGGCGCAGAGCGGGAACACGAGGUCCGCUGUAGGGCUGCUGCAUUCCUUUUCCAACAAGAACCACAAAUCUUUUAUCGGUCCUGCAGAAUGCUUCGCUGCGUGGCAAGCUCGCGCGUCCUUGAGACGCCAUCCGCGAUGUGUCGUUUGAGGUCGCCCAUCCUGUACGUCUGCUUCGGGGACGGGCGCCCUCUGCAGAAGCACAGCUGGGUGCGCUGGCAAGACUCCGACGCAGGAGCCGGACUUCACAACUAAGGUGUAGGAGAGCCCUACAAAACACUCAUCGCUGGGAGGCCGAGACUAUUAAAGAACCCAGGGAUGUUAUUUAUUUGAUUCAGUCGGCCUUCUGAUGAUCGAUUAUCAUCUUAUUAGUUGAGGUCUUAUGCACAUGUAUCUCUAACCCCACGAGGCGUGCAUGAUCUGGAUUGCGUGUUUUCUAUCCACUGUCUUCGGUUCAGUUUGUGUGGAUGUAGAACUCUGUUAAUAAGAUGUGUAUCCUUGGCAGCAAUAAUGAAUGGAUUUUAUGCACUGAGGCGACUCCACAGCAGGCGCGUGUGAGCCGGGGGAGGACUGUACGUACUGCAGGUCGGUGAAGAGCACCAACAGCCCAUCUUAUUUACUAGACAUUCAUUUGUUUGGCAAUACAGAAAAUCCAGUAUUUUGUGCUGCAUACGACACCGCUACAAGAAUAAGCAAAUCCUGCAUAACAGUCAUCGCAGUGAGGUUGUCGUUCACCAAAUAACCAAAAACAUUAGCACAAACGCACGUUUCAUUUUCUGAGCAAGUGUUAGUCCAGACCUGACUGACUGUCAGAUAACAACAGGCCUCACAUCACACCAAAGCUCAGGAUACCAAUAGUUAGAUGUAUUGCGAAACAUGUUUGGAGUUUGAGGAAAGGCUCCCUGCAGAUGGACGGUGCGUAACCGGUGGCAACCAUGUGUGAGACAGUUUGUGCCAUUUCCCUGCAUGAUGCCACACUGCUCAUCAGGUUCUAGUGAGGACUCCUCCCCCCCCCCCGUGCCUGAUCAUCAACAGGCA